AUGAGCAAGAACCACCCCGGCAAGAACGCCCGCCUCCGCGCCAAGAAGCGCAUGCUUCGGGCAACUCAAGCCCUCCUGAAUGGCACCGCCGCCACCACCGACGACGAUCCCCUCGCCGGCCUCACCAACACCCAGCGCACCAAAAAGCGCGUGAGACAGGCCACCCAGCAGCGCCUCAACGGCAUCGAGAUCCGCACCCAAGCCGACGCCGCCGUCAUGAAGCACACGAUGGACCAGGCCAUCGAGGAGAAUAAGGACUGGCGUCUGCGCGUCGAGACCGUCAACGCCGGUUUUCAAGAGAACCAGAGGGUCGGUCUGAGGCUGGGCCUCGAGAACAUGCAGAGAGUUGCGGCGCGCCACAAUGCCCUCCAAGACCAUGUCAGACGGGAGGGGACGAAGGUGGAGAUCGUUGGCGCCAAGAUGGAGAUGGUCAACGAGGAUGUGGGAGAUCUGCGCCAGGAGGGCAAGGCUCUGCGCGAGAAGAUCGUCGAGUUAGAGGCGCAGCUGCAGGAGGUGCGCGAUGCUGGCUCCGUCCUUCGAGCGGAGUUCCAGCAGCUCCGCGAUUCCGUUGGAUGCAAGGGCGGCAGUCGGCAGGGAGGCGCCAACGAGGAGGGAUGGAAGGGGCGCCUGCGGUCUCGCAAGAAGGCUUGA